AUGAACCCCCUCGCCCUGGGCCACCACUUCUUCGACGCAGCCGGCGUCCGUCUGAGCUACCUCGUCCGCGGCUCCGCCCCCCGCACCGUCCUCUACCUCACCCCGCGCGGCAACGGCGACUCCUCCGCGCCCCCGGACCCCUCCACUAUGACCGCCGCCGCCAUGGCCGACGACCUCGACCAUCUCCGCGCCCACCUCGGUCUCGACCGCUUCCCGCUCCUCGCGGGCCACUCCCACGGCGGCGCCGUCGCGCUGCGCUACGCCCAGCGCCACCCGCGCCGCGUGGAACGGCUGCUCCUGCUCUCGCCGCAGGUCAUGGACGCCGCGCCGGGGCUUUUCAAGGAGAUGAUGGCGAGGAGGGGGGACGAUCCGACGUACAUGGCCGCGGCGAAGGUGCUGAUGGAGGUCGCGGGCGCGGGGGGCCCGAGGGACGACGCGCAUUUUCGGGAGAUGCUCGAUCGGACGAUGGUGUGGUGGUUCGCGGACGCGGCGAAGGCGGACGGGUUGAGGCGGGACAUGGCGGGACCUCUUACGAGCGCGAACCCGGCGCGGGCCUACGCGUGGCGGACGAAUCGGAAUGACGGGCUGGAGGAGAACAAGCUGCCGCAUAUCCGGGACGCGGGCUUGGUGGAGGCCGAGACGCUGAUUGUUCAGGGGGAGGAGGACUCUGUUUGCAGUACCGCCGGAGCACAGGCGGUAGCUGAUGGCAUCAAGGGCUCCAAAAUCGUUGUGUUGCCGGGGCUUGGACACUUUCCUUGGAUCGAGGGACCGGAUGAGUUUUGGCGAGCAGCGGAAGGUUUUGUCAAAUCUGACUCCUGA